AUGGAAGAGUCAAUUGACAUAGCUUCCCCGCCAAGCUCAAAUCAGACCGGGAACAAACUGAAAAUUACCUUCACAGGACCGCAAGAAACGUUAAUAGGGCCGCUGGUAGCAAGAGCCACGGACGCAAGAUCUGCUCAUCCUAUCCUUAACGACGUCGACUCUAUUCGAGUCAUAGAUCAGAUCGACCAUGACUUCGACAAAUUCAAUAUAAAUGAAUCCCAUGCCAUUAUGUAUUCUCUUCGGGCCCUGCGUUUAGAUGGUUGGACCGCCGAGUUCCUCUCAAGCAACCCGCAAGCGACGGUCGUUCACUUGGCCUGCGGGCUAGACGAUCGUGUACGUCGCGUCCGAGCAGACUUAACCAAGGUCCGUUGGAUAGAUCUCGAUCUACCCGAUGUCGUUGAACUGCGCAACAAGCUCAUUCCCCAUCCGGAGGGCGACUACCAGUUGAUCGCCGCGGACGCGACUGAAAAAGCAUGGCUCGAGCAGAUCCCCGUUGACCGUCCGACUGUCAUCAUCUGCCAGGGGUUAACUAUGUAUCUAGAAGAAGAGUCUGGUAAACGCAUGAUUCGGCAAAUUGUUGACCACUUCAAAUCGGGUCAGCUUAUCAUCGAUCAUAUCGGUACCGUAUUACUCUCUUUACAAAACCAGGUCGACGCCCUAGUAGCCACGGGGUCAAGUUUCAAGUGGGCCAUUGACGAACCCAAGAAUCUUGAGGCUCUUCAUCCGCAGUUGAAGAUGGUGGAUUGUUUAGGGCCAACCGAACUUGGUGAUCACGUAUAUUUACCGCUUGGGACUCGUAUGAUACUGUCAACUUAUCCGGAUUUGCCCUGGCUAAAGUACAUAUCUUCUUACAUGCGGUUUAAUUUUUAG